AUAUGACCAGUCUGCAUGACAUACAUUUAAAUUUUUUGGUUUGUUUUACAUACGCCUUGUUUGAAAUUAUACAUUUGCCUCGCCAAUUUGGCAAUCAAGUAUGAUGUGUAAUACCCGCUUAACACCUUUGAAUUUUGUAAUAAGGGCGCCUAUCAACCCUGUACAUUCUAGCAAUGUUAUUAACCUGCUAAGGUGUUUGGUCGACCGGUUGUUUGGUGGUGAUGUGUUGUAAAGAGAUUUAAACAUAUUAAUUAAUUUGUUUAAUUCAUUAAAAUGUUAAAUGUCACGCCACAAGUUUUCGCAGCAAUGCAAAACUUAGAUAUAUGUGCAUUAGAAAAAUAUCCUCAAAAUGAAAUUAGGCCUAUUUUGCCGUCAUUGGUACGUAUGACAUUGCUAUCACCGCUUGAUAAUACAAAUUCAUCCAUGGCCUCACGAAAACAAAUCCUUGGAGUAUUGAUUGGAAUUGAAGUUGUUAAUAGUAUAGUGUCUUACCUUCAAGUAAAUUAUCAUGAACUUGAACUCGAACUUAAAAAAGAAUUACAAGUGCGACAAAAAUCUGUGUAUUACGAUGUACCGCCAACCGAAUUUGGAUUACAAACUGGCAUUGCAUUAGGAUUCGAACGAUCGGAUGUUACAUGCAAGGUUCGAGUUGUUCUUUCAGAAAUUUUCAACAUUCAGUUUCAAGUGGCUGAAUCGAAAAGUUUUAUGCACCCUGAACUUUUUGAAGAUAGUAUAUAUUUGGAAGAAAUUGUUGAUAUAUUAUGCAUAGCACUAGCGGAAUUGCCAUCAUUAUUAAAUAUUUUGGAUUUAACAGAUACAUUAGUACAUGUGCACAAUGGCCGACGUAUAAUAUGCGCUAUGGUAGCCAAUUUUCCAGACUAUUAUCGUGACGUAGUGUCGCAUUUAAUUCAUAGUUGUGAUGAAGAGAGUAUUGAGGGAAAACUUAAGUUGUCAUUGUUAACGGCAUUAAGUGAAAUGAAUCCGUCGCAAGCAUUAUUUACGCGUGCAAUAUGUAUGGAAAAUUUGAAAGUUUCUUCUUUUAUGCUAAAUCUAUCACUCAAGUAUCCUCAUGAUUUGAUCGCGUUUUUAACAGGAAUACUACUGGGAAACGAUCAAAAUAUACGUUCUUGGUUUGCUGUGUAUGUACGAUCCAGUCAGAAGCGGAAGGGAGAGGCUUUAAUUCAAGUAAGAAUGGAAUUGUUACAGCAACUUCAAAAUAUUGUUCACUUACAUGCAAUACAUGGCUUAAAUGAUCAUUUUACUUCACAAGGAUCUGUAGUAAUAAGACUUUAUUGUGCUCUGCGCGGUAUUGCUGGAUUAAAAUUUAAUGAUGAAGAAAUAAGCCUGAUAUCACAACUAAUAACUUCUCGUCCUCUGCCAACUCAAUCAGGUCUGCGGUUUGUUUCUUUAGCAUUGUGUAUGCUUAUAUCCUGCCCCUCUUUAGUAUUUUCCACUACAUUAGAGAUAAAAUCAGUUGAAUGGCUACAAUGGCUUACUAAAGAAGAUACUUUCUUUGGUAAACAGUCUGAUACCACUUCUUUAGGUGAAAUGUUGCUUUUGUUGGCAAUUCAUUUCCAUAGUAAUCAAAUUGCAGCUAUUGGUGACUUAAUUUGCUCUACAUUAGCAAUGAAAAUACCUAUAAGACCAAACAGCACAAAUCGCAUAAAGCAACUUUUUACACAAGAUUUAUUUACAGAACAAGUUGUUGCAUCACAUGCUGUUAGAGUCCCGGUUACAAUUAAUUUGAAUGCACAUAUACCCGGAUAUUUACCAGUUCAUUGCAUACAUCAGUUAAUAAAAUCGCGUUCCUUUAUGAAACAUAAAGUUCCAAUUAAAUCGUGGAUUUACAAACAAAUAUGCAAUUCUAUUACCCCAUUGCAUCCUGUUAUGCCUGCUUUAAUUGAAGUAUACGUAAAUACAUUAAUAACACCAAACCCAUCAGGUAAACUUAAUAUCGAACAUAUACAUAAACCGUUUUCCAAAUACGAAAUUCUGCAUAUUUUCAAUGCAUCAAAUCCCGCUUUACUUAAUACUCAAUUAUUUUCAAACGUUUCAAAUGCAACAUCGAAUAUACAAAUUCAAUGUGCAACUACAUCGCAACUUCUUAUUUUGUAUUAUUUAGUACUUUAUGAAGAAACAAGGCAGCUGAAUAUACUAAGCAGCCCUACAUCGUGUCGUAAAUUUAAAGAUUAUUCCACAAACUUUCUGUCCAAACUUCCAGUAAAAUAUUUGUUACAUGUAGCCCAAAAAAAUCAUAAUGAUUACGUCGGAUUAUUUCAUCCACUAUUGCGAUUAAUUGUGUCUAAUUGUCCCCAUCUGAGUAUGGUUGAGGAUUGGCUUGAAGAAUAUGACGUUAUGCAUAUAACACAAAAAUGUAUGCCUACUAGACAUAUGAAUAGGACGUUAAUUGUAAAAUCUCUUAAGGCUGUCCAGUCUCAUCCUGGGCUGUCAUUUAUGGUAUUUAAAGCUUUGCUCAAGUUACCAACAGAUGAAAUGGCGCAAUAUGCAGAACUGAUUGUUGAGAAUAUACCUAAAGUGUUUAAUGAAGUUGUUCCGCGAUUGACUCAAGACUUAUAUAAAACUAUUUGGUCAAUUCUUAAUACCACUCUGCCAAUAAGUUUUUGGAAAACGACUUUAAAUAUGAUAAUGUCGAGUACUGAUACCACCAAGUUAAAUAUAUUUAAUGAAAAUAUUGAUCCGCUUCGAGUGUUAAGAUGUAAAAGAAAAGUAUUUUAUUCACCAUACAUGCUUGUAAUACUAAUUCGUAUACUAAAUGGAAGCGUUGCUGCAUACAGAGCUUGUCUAAAUAACCAAGUAUAUGGAAAACAAAUUGUUGAUAAAAACGGACAAAUACAAAGUGAUUCAGAUCGUGAAGAACUCAAAACUGCAUUGUUAGCUUCUCAAGAAAGUGCAACGGUACAAAUAUUACUUGAACUAUUAACAAAAUUGCAAAAAUGUGCAACUCAGUGCAUAUACAAGUUAAGACUACGUGAAUCUCAGGGAAUAAUAUGUACCUAUAUUCAUCAAACUUUUAUUACGGAACCUGCUUUAGCAAAACUUGUUCAUUUUCAAACAUAUCCUACUGAAAUAAUACCUAUGAUGGUGAUUGGAGUUCCUUCUAUGCAUAUUUGCACUGACUAUUUGCUUGACCUUCAUAAUAUACCAGAGAUGAACAAACAAAUUUUCAUGAUUGAAUUAACUUCACAUCUUGUAUUAAAAUAUUCCAUACCAAAAUGUUUAAGCGUUUCUAAAUUUUGCUUAAAUGUGGUACAGACAUCUAUUUCAUUAUUAUCAACAAGUGCAAAAUUUGUCUACCUUAACAGUGUACUACCCUCUUUAGUACGCUUUGUAGAAGCGUUUCCAUUGUUAAUCGAUGAUUGUAUAAACAUUUUAAUGAUAACAGGCAAGAAUCUAUCUUCGCAGAGUAGUUUAGGACUUUGUUCUGUACAAAUGUUAACAAAAUCAAAUAUUAAAUGUUUUAAAGAAUCACAGAAAUAUGUAGAUCUAAUAGACAAAGCUUUUGAAACUAUUGUAACAAAAAUUGUAAAUAGGUCCCAGUUAUAUUAAUCGAGCUAUUAUAUAUUAAUAAAGACAUUUUCUCCUUUUACAAUUUAAAGAGUUUAAUCAGGAGCAAAAAAUUUUAUGUAUUGUCUCCGGCGAAUGAAAAUAAGUAAGUCACUAUCACAAUGUUUUGCUCAUAUCCGAAAUACAUCAAAUAAUUUUUAGCUUAUUUCUCAAACACAGAUUUAGUGGUUCAUAUACAAUUUUUGCAAUUCAAAUGUUAGGAAUGAACCCAAUGAAUUUUAAACCGUUGACUUCCAUAUAAGGCACAAAGUCUACAACAACUACAUUUGUGCUUUUUCCACAAGAUCGACUAAUCAU